AGAUUCAGACAAAAACAACCGAGAAAGCGGAGAAUCAACUAGCGAGGUUUAACACAUCUAACUGAGAUAAAAUGGCCAACAUAAUCUUUGCAGAGAGAGAAAAUGCACAUCUUCUUCCCCCGGCUAUUAAGAUGCGACAGCGGCUUCAGUCUGCUCCAGAGAAACUAUUUUCUCCUAUGACUGCCAAAACCUUGCACACUCCUCUGAAAUCUGGUCGUAAGGCUUUUGGUGCUCUCAACAAACAAAUCUCAACCCCUGCGGUCAACACACAAGAGAAACAACUCUUAAAGCCACAGGAAACUAAAGUCAAAGUUGCUUCAGACAAAAACUCCAGAGUUGAGGAAUAUCCAGAAAUUGAAAAGUUCAUCCCUUAUGACCCUCUAGCAUUUGAGAAGUACAGCGUACCGGAGGAUUUGAUUCUCCUCAGUGGUUUUGCUCUGCCUGGACUGGCCUGUUUCCCACCUGCUCCACAUCUGCGUGACGAUGACCUGGAAAAGUUUGAUCCCCUCCCAAACCUGUCGCCUGUAAAGAUGCCAAAACGUUCAGAUCAUUGCUCAGAGCUUAAUGCAUUUCUUCAAACACUUGAUGAGCUGACUGUUGAACUUCCUCCAGAAUCUUUUACUGACUGAAUGUUGAUGCAUGUUUUUGUAAUGACUACAUUUUUAUGUUUUUACUGAAAUAAAGUUGUUUUAUCCUUC